UUGACAUAAUGAAUUGUCAAAUUUAUUAUUGAAGUUGCGAAAUGCGAAUUUAUUUUAGUGAUUAAGGCAUUUUGAUAAGGAUUAUGAGUUAACCGGCAGGCGCUGUAAAGUUUACGUUGAAAUCCAUGCUCGUGCGCCCUUAUAAAAUAUUAACGUAAUAACCAUGAUGGAGUACUGCCCUCCAAAUGUUACCCUCAAUGAGAUAUGGGUGGAUCAUGGUAUUUCACAAUGUUUUAUGGAAACAGUGUCAGCCAUUCUUAUUGGAGGGUUUCUACUUACUUUUGGACUAAUACAGAUUAUAAUGUACAAAAGGUAUGGAACGGAAGUAAUGGACAUUAGAUCGUCGCGGCUUUUUACCGUGCAGUUAUUUUUCACACUGUUCAUACCUGUUCUGGCUGUUGUGAGGUUCCUGUUGCAAGCUUUCGUGUUUAAAGGAGGACAUAUUUAUGGUUAUAUGAUCGUUGCAUUAGUUGUUACAUUAAUAGCGUUUCCAUUAUCUGCCUAUUUAGCGGUUCUUGAGAGGCGAUUCCUUCUACCAUCAGUUCCACCAAGAGGCCAUGGAUUUGUACUGUUGGUGUUCUGGGCUAUGAUAUUUGUUUCAGAGAAUUUGUCGUUCUUGAACAUAAACAAGGAAGGAUGGUGGUGGCAUUUGAAAAAUCUCCAAGACCGCCUGGAGAUGUCUCUCUUCGUGGGUCGCUACGUGUCCUGUAUGAUUAUGUUUGUAUUGGGAAUGAAAGCGCCGGGCAUUAUGCAUCAGUUCGAAUAUUUAGUGAACGAGGACGAAGGCCGCAGAAACAUACCGCCAAGGGAUGACAAUCGCUCUACGUUCAGAAAUGUGUUUUCCAAACUGCGUACGCUUUUACCGUUCUUGUGGCCGCGGAAAAGCUUCUGUCUACAAGUAUAUGUUUUCAUAUGCAUCAUGGCGCUGGUGGCCGGCCGAGUUAUCAACCUUUACGUUCCCAUAUACAAUAAAAAGAUAGUGGACAGUCUAUCGAUACCACCAUUAUACUUCCGAUGGGACUUGGUGCUUAUCUAUGUAUUCUUCAAGUUCUUGCAAGGCGGAGGUACCGGUGGCAUGGGAUUCUUGAACAACUUGCGCUCAUUCUUGUGGAUUAAAGUACAGCAAUACACUACCCGAGAAAUACAGCUAGAACUGUUCAAACAUCUUCAUGACCUGCCGUUGCGUUGGCAUCUCUCUCGCAAAACUGGCGAAGUAUUACGAGUGAUGGACCGAGGCACGGAUUCUAUCGAUAAUCUGCUAUCGUAUAUAUUGUUCUCGAUAACGCCAACACUAGUCGAUAUUCUGGUUGCCGUUAUAUAUUUCGUAGCUCAAUUUAACGUGUGGUUCGGAUUGAUUGUCUUCUCUACUAUGGUUUUGUAUAUAAUUGCAACGAUUGUGGUGACGGAAUGGCGUACGAAAUUCCAGCGUCGAAUGAAUCUCGCAGACAACGAACAAAAGGCGCGCUCCGUCGAUUCCCUAUUGAAUUAUGAAACGGUCAAGUAUUAUGGCGCGGAAUCUUAUGAAGUUAUGUCGUAUAGGGAGGCUAUUGUUAAUUAUCAGAAAGAGGAAUUUAAAUCUCUAUUGACGUUGAACAUGUUGAACACGAUACAGAAUGUUAUCAUUUGCAGUGGUUUGACGGCGGGCUCUCUUCUGGCUGUAUAUAUGGUAGUCGAUACAAACAAGUUGACAGUGGGCGAUUAUGUGCUUUUCGCAUCCUAUAUUGUCCAGUUGUAUGUGCCCCUCAAUUGGUUUGGAACUUAUUAUAGGGCGAUCCAGAAGAACUUCGUGGACAUGGAGAACAUGUUCGAGCUGAUGCGCGUGGAGUCGGACGUGUGCGACGCGGCGGGCGCGCCCGAGCUGCUGGUGCGGCGCGGCGGGCUGGAGUUCAAGCACGUGUCGUUCGGCUACGGGCCCGAGAGGCUCGUGCUCAGCAACAUCAGCUUCAAGGUCGCGCCCGGCACCACCGUAGCCUUGGUCGGUCCCAGUGGCGCCGGCAAGUCGACGAUAAUGCGCCUGUUGUUCCGAUUUUACGACGUGAACGAGGGCGCGGUUCUCGUGGACGGACAGGACGUGCGGACCGUCACACAGGCCUCGCUCCGCGCCAACAUCGGCGUAGUGCCGCAGGACACCGUGCUCUUCAACAAUACCGUCCGAUACAACAUCCAAUAUGGAAGAUUGGAAGCUUUAUCCGCGGAUAUAAUAUCUGCCGCUAAGAAUGCUGACAUUCACGACAGAAUUUUAACUUUCCCCGAUGCAUAUGACACACAAGUUGGUGAAAGAGGUCUGCGACUCAGCGGAGGCGAGAAGCAGAGGAUAGCUAUAGCAAGGACUAUCCUGAAGGAUCCAGCCAUAGUUUUAUUAGACGAGGCUACAUCAGCUCUCGAUACAAACACUGAGAGGAAUAUUCAAUCCGCACUUGCACGAGUAUGCGCUAAUAGAACAACGCUCAUAAUCGCACAUCGUCUGUCGACGAUUAUCCACGCUGAUGAAAUUCUUGUGCUGAAGGAAGGCGAAAUCAUCGAACGCGGAAACCACGAAGCGCUGCUGGCUCAGGGUGGUUUCUACGCGUCGAUGUGGCAGCAGCAGCUCGAGAACAGGAACGGCAACGGCAACAACAACAACAACGACAACAACGCGGAGGGCAACAACAACCCGCCGCGCCCGCAAGUCAACGGCGGCAGCGCCUUCGGACACGGACACGGGCACGGACACGGCCACGGACACUUAUAAACCUAUACGUAACGGGUGCUAGACAAUGGUUCGCGGAACAUCGGACUCAACGGUCCGAAAGUCAAUUCGGUGUACAGUGAGACAUGACAAAUCGCUAUCGAGUUGGAGCAUUUGUGACUGAUUUUGUAUAUACGCGUGACAAUUUAUGUAUACUUGCGGCACAACAAAAUACCAUGUGUAUGUAUCGAUUGUGAUGAUGCAAUGAUGUACCUUGUAGUAUUAAAUAUUACAUUGUGAUGGGAAAUUUUAUGUGCUAUUUCAGUGUUAUUAAAUUGUUUUGAUUGA